AAAAGGAGAAAGCCCAAGAAUAACUUCCACGAAAACAAGUCCUCCCAGGUGAUGAGAACGUAGGUGCUCCUUAUGAUUUGCACUUUCCCGAACUUUUAUAAAAUGACAGAAAAGAAAGGAGGGCGAUAAAGAGGAAAGCCCGUCGCGAACACGAAAAACUAGCAGCAAGGGCAAAGCGCCCGCCCGCGCCGAGUCCGCUGCCUGCCGGGGCCACGUGACAAGACCAAGAUGGCCGACGGGGAAGACCGGUCCCGGGCGGGGCAGGAGCCGGAGCCGGAGCCGGGAGAAGAGUUUGAGAUCGUGGACCGGAGCCAGCUGCCGGGCCCAGGCGAACUGCGGAGGAUGGCGAAGCCGCGUGCGGCGGCGGAAGGCUGGUCGGCGCCCAUCCUGACCCUGGCGCGGAGGGCCACUGGCAACCUGUCGGCGAGCUGCGGAAGCGCGCUGCGCGCUGCCGCUGGGCUGGGCGGCGCGGACGGCGCGGGCGGCGCGGACGGCGCGCCGCGCGCAGGAUACCCAGCAGAGGGCUGGAGACCAACCCUCUCUCCCAAGACCGAGUUUAACUAAGUUCAACAAAGCAAUGAGAGACUGGAGGCUCUUCAUGUUUUGGGUGACUUGAUUAAUCAUCAAAGGAGGUUUCACCUCCAUUUGGUGUGUGAGACUUUCUGCACCCCUGGUCAGUGCAUCAAGAGGAAGAUAUGGGGGCUUCCCUGGUGGUGCAGUGGUUAAGAAUCUGCCUGCCAAUGCAGGGGACACGGGUUUGUGCCCUGGUCAGGGAAGAUCCCACAUGCCGUGGAGCAACUAAGCCCAUGAGCCACAACUACUGAAGCCCGUGUGCCACAACUACUGAAGCCCGUGUGCCUAGAGCCCAUGCUCCGCAACAAGAGAAGCCACUGCAAUGAGAAGCCUGCACACCGCAACAGAGUAGCCCCCACUCUCAGCAACUAGAGAAAACCCACCUGCAGCAGUGAAGACCCAGUGCAGCCAAAAAUUAAAUAAAUGAAUAAAUAAGUUUAUUUUUUUAAAAAAGAGGACAAGAUAUUGGACAAGGAAUGAAUUGUGGUUCUUCUGUAGAGUGGAAGAAGAAAGAGUGCCUGUGAAACUUGAGGAUCUAGAAAUCGACUUCCUUAAAAUAUCUGGGCCUGCCUAGCCCUCCGCAGGACUUCCUGCAUACGUAUUCCCAUUCGAACAACGCUAGACUUCGUUUUAGACCGGGGAUUGGUAUCUUCUUUGAAUAAAUCUUUACAAAUUG